UGGAGGUCCCAUGGCGACCACAGUCUGCCACAGCACCCCGUACACCAUAGACAACACGCAGCCGUUUGUCCAUAGCGUCACCGAUGUCAACUAUGAUGACGAUACACAACAGAUCAGUGCGGAAUACAAUGUCAGCGACCCUUUGUCAAAGAUCCGUGAGGUUGACCUUGGUCUUGGUCGAAGCAAGCGGGACGUUUAUCUGAUGGACUGGCAUCGUGAGGCCAACACCACACACAUCACACACAACUACCACAUCCCGGAUGGAGUUCCUGCCUGGGUGAAAAUCAGAGCUAUCAACAAUGUGGAUCUCCGGAAAUCAGGUCACGCCGACAGCCCGAUCCUUGUAGACACCAGCCCUCCUGCAGCAGGUUCUGUGUUUGAUGGACCAGCAGCUGGGCACGACAUCAACUUUCAAAAUGAUCAGAGUGAGAUCUGUGCAAACUGGCGAGACUUCCAUGACGAGGAGAGUGGAAUAGGUAAUUCAUGGCAUUCAUGA